UACAUAUACUUUAAAAAGUCGGCUUUAUUUAAAUCGCUAAAUUUUAGGCGCAUUUGAGAGCAGGCGAGAAAGUUCGGUGUCAGUCAAGUUAGCACAUUUCUUCUGUUGGCCGCCUCGGCUGCGCGUUUUUACGGAUAUCGAUAUAUAUAGAUACAAGCAAGUUUUAGACGUCAGUUGGACGGGCGGUUUGGCUGCCUCGGGCGACUCUGCUUGCGAGGUCUUGGACGGGCCGCUUCGGCCCGUCCAGCGCCCUAAGUUAACAGUCGGAGUUUGCAUAGUGGUGAAUGGCUGGAGCUAGCAGCGCGAACGUGCCGGUGACAGAGGAAGAGGUGGACAUCGGCAGGUUGGAUGGAGAGCAGGUUAUCAGCUUGGCGCUCAGUCUGGUGAAAGAGAGCGAAGCAGUGAAAGCAGUCGCAAAUCAUCUGGGUAGAGAAGCUAAUAAGGCCUGUUAUGUGCUGGUGACCUGGAUGUCACUCAAGGAGGCAGGCGAGGAAGUGGAGUAUAAGGGCUACAAGGCGGUUAUUCCUCCACAAAUGGCGCCUUCAGAUGUCAUGCGGAUGGAGUUCCGGCCGGUUGCAGCGCAUCAGGUGCGAGGUGGCGGUGGAGAGUGCCUGGUGCUUCAGCAUUGGCAAGCAGUGUGCAGCAGCACUGCGGAGGUGUUGACGUUCGAGAAGGUCAUGGGACUGGACUGCAAGGACGCCGAUUGGAAGCGGAACAAGGUCCUCGACAGCCGGCUUAGCCGUGGCGGCAACAACUACGUGGCUGAUAAAUUGAAGGAGCUUGGGGCCCAUACGGUGGAGGCGAAGAUCGCUAAGAUCGUGGAGGUGUUGGUCGUCUUGAAGGGGCGGGGAGUCGGUGGGCACUGCGAUGACGAAACAAAGGGCGGUCAGUGCUGGCUGCGGCGGCCAUGGAUAAGCAUGUUACGGAAACUGCAGAAGGAGACGCUGGUUCAGGCUGCACCACUUGGAACAGUGCCAACGACUGCCGGACAUGUGCGGGAGGCUUCACCGGAAUCUGAGGGUGAACAGCGCAGCGCGGCGAUGUCAAGGCAAGAUGCGGUGCGGCUGUUAUACACAGCGAGCUGGCGGUUGUCAUUGCUGUCUGGCCUGCAAGCCGCUGGGAAGGGAGGAAGCAUGGCUGGACGACCGCCUUUAAGCAUGGCUGGAGCUGCGGGAAUGAGCGGCAGCAUUCCCACACUGGAUUGGCAAUCGCAGGUGCCAGCAACGGUGGCUGCAGAUUCAUCACCGAGUUCGGUUCUAAGUGGCUUGUUGGCUCAACGGGCAUGGGUGCCUGUACACGCAACACCAUUGACAGUGGCACGGUGCAACGCUGCAGUGGAGGGAGCUGUAUCUGUCGUCGCCAGUGCGCCUGCGCAUGCAGACGGCGGAGGACUUCUUUUUGUGCGUGAGCUACAGGACGGCGGGAGCGCAACGGGGAGUGGCGCCGAAGGCAACAUUGCAGGGAGGCCAGCAAUGUUGGGCGAUGCUUCGGAAAGAGCCGGAGUGACGGCUGGCAGUGGACCUGUCGAGGUGGACGGUGGAGGAUUUCCAUUGCCGCGGGAGGCACAGGCUGGCGAGAACGCGGCAGGGAGUGGCACCGAAGCCAACCCCGCAGCGGGAACCGGAAUACUGGGCGAUGGCUCGGUGGUUGUCGGCUCGAUCGCCGCUGUCGGGUCUGCCCAGACAGACAUUGGAGGACUUGGAUUGCCGGGGGACACACGGACUGGCGGGAGCGUAGCGGAGAGCGGCGCCAAUCAGCAGGGGCAGGCAGACAAGCCAGCAGGCGCAAGCGGCACCUCCCCUGGAGUAGUGGUGGUAGCGGCAGGCGGCAUGUUUGGGGGCCUGGCGGCUGUGGUGCAGGGUACCGCCGGUGCGGCACCUGGACCUCCGCCGGCACCUCCACAGCCGCCACAUGCACGGGUGAAACAGGAGCCGCCAGCAGCAGCAGCAGCUGGAGCAGUUGGCCCACGUGUGGGGUUGGGAGGCGCCGCCGUUGCUGCUGUUACCGCCAUGCAGCCAGAUCCCUCGGCGGGCGCCGCACCCGUCAGGCAUGCGGCGGCGGCUGGUGACGACCUGCGGGCUCAUCAACAACAGCUGCAAGGGAGCGGUCAGCAACAUGCGGUCAGCAACAUCCCCCGGUCAGCAACACGCGCAGUCUAUGCCCCUCCUGGCCCUGCUCCUGCUCCUGCUCCUGGCGGCCCUGUUGGCAGCGGCUGGCGGCCGGUGCAGCCCAGAGAAGGCGUACCCAUGCCUGCGACUCCGCAAGCCGACCCUUGGGUCGCGCCUGGGGCCGGAGGGGGCCUGGCAGCGCUGCAGCACCCGCAGCUGCUGCAGCUUAGUCCUCAGGUGAAAGCCGAGGAGCCGAAUGAGGGGCAGAUGCCGCCGCCGCCACCGCAGCAGCAGCAGGAGGCGGUCGCGGCUGUGGCAGCAUUAGCCCCACCACCCGCCGCAGUCGCUGAAGCAACAGUGGCCCCAAGCAGCGACGCAGCUGCCGCAGAGCCUGUCCCCGGCCGGGCGGUUGGCCCUAGCGGUGAUGCGGCACUGAGGGAGGCAGUGGCUGCUACCAUUCGCAUGCACCUAGCGGCUCGAGAUGAUGUGGGGGCAGGGGAGCUGGAGAUGAUGGUGAAUGUCGCUGCCACCGCCGCAGCCUCCGCAGCAGCCUCAGUAGUUGCUUCGCUACUGCCAACUCAUGGCAUGAGGUCCGGCGCAGGAGCCAGCAGCAGGGCAGGCGCAGGAGCUAGCAGCAGGGCAGGCGCAGGAGGCAGCAUGGGGGGCGCCAGGGGCGGGGGAGGCGAUGGCGGCGGAAUCCUGGGGCGCCGGAAGCGCGAUGAAGGGGGUGCGGGUGGGGAGCAGGAGGCGGGUGGUGGGCAGGUGGGGAAGCGGCUGCGCUAAGGUUGAGGGGCGGAGCAGCCGUAUGCAAGCAGCAGUGUGGGGGCUGCUCGGAGGGGCCGGAGCAGCCGUGUUGCUUGUUGGAUGGAAGUUCCGCCCAUGAUCAUUUGGAGUGUGACGCUAGCAGCGGUGUUGGCGGUGGUCCGGAGGAGGGUAGCAUGUUGGAGUAGUACAAGGCCAGGGUGCGACUUUGCGUUGUCGUGAGGGUGGCAAGCGAAGGAGGGUGGCAAGCGAGUUGGAGGGUAAAAGGCCAGGGUGCGACUUACAAACGUGCUGGGUACUCGUCGGGUGGUUGCCUGUAGGGAUUUUGGCUUUCCUGGUCGCUCGCCAACUUAAUUAUGUGCUGGCCGGAGCUGCAGCGGGGUUUUGCCCUUGUGCGCCCCUGUUCCCGUUUUUACCCGCUGCGUUCGCUCCGUGCUGGCUUUGUUUCGGGAAUGCAGGGGCUGGCAGGCGUCCUUGGGGCUCGUGGUUUGUUCUUCUGGGUUGAGGCGGCUCGUGCUCGACACCUUCACGCCCCGUCAGGUUUGCGGUUCUGUGGUUGAUGAGGGUUGGGUUAGUGACCGGUGGUCGGCCUUUGCCAGACUUGGUUUUUUGGCUGUUUUGCGUGUGCUGUAGCGCUCGCGCGCUUGCUGUGUUUCUUCUCCUCAUGUAAUGUCCAGUCAUCUUUCCAGC